GGAAAAAAAAGUUUUUUACUAUCUUUUUUAUUUAUUUUCAGACUUUCAGUUAUCACACGAGAUUUUUAUUAUUUUUCACAGAUGUGAAAUGAUUAUUGACAUGCAUAUUUUAAGUUAGUAACUGAAUCAUCUGAAUAUUCCUGGGAUUCUUUCCGAUGUAGUAAAUAUGGUGCACGUGUCGAGACAAAUGGAAUCAGAGAAUCUUUUGCAAGAAGUUCAGUCAUUUGUUGUUCCGAGCAAAGGUCCUGGAGGAAAUGUGAACAUCUUAGAAAGAACAAAAAGUGCUAUUGUUUUGAUGAGAUGUUUGCCGUGUGCUCGGGCUGCAGUAUUGGAACAGAUACGUGACAUUUUUCAAGAAGCUGUGCAUAAGCAUAUUAUUGAAAGUGACAGACAAGAUUUGUUGGGUUCUGGGGAGAAGGCAGAGGUUGAUCCUGAAAUAUAUGAUGUUAUCCAAAGUAUUCAUAAUACAUUGUUAGAGUUUAUCAAUAACAAUCCAGAUGCUUGGGCACCAAUUGUCACUAAGUGGUCAGUUUAUCUUCUUGGUCAGUUGAGUGCAAAAUAUGCAACGCAACGUGGUACCAAAACAAACACUUCACUGAAUGAAAAAUUACAAAUCUGGUUGACCUGCCCUGCUGCUCAAAUGUUGAUGGAAAUUUCUGCUCAUUGCUUCACAAAAUUAAUAAACACCAACCCUGAUAUAUGUAUCAAGUGUCUAUUGGAUUCUGCGGUUCAACACUCUCCUCACUUUGACUGGGUUGUUGCUUACAUUGGUUCAUAUUUCCACAAAUCUAUCAUUAGUCAUCUACUGGCAUGCGCAAUGGACGAGUUUUAUAGUGAUAAACCUUGCGACGACGAAUUUUCUGAUCUCUUUCAAACAGCAAUACGAAUUUUGGACUAUUUUGCACAAAAAUAUCCAGAUGAAGUGAGAAAGGCUGUUUUAGCUAUGUUUCAGGAAAGCAUUGCCAACACGGAAAUGACCAAACCAAAAUGGACAAAGACUAAGACCCAACCAUGUUUGAUUCCAUUCUUCAUUCAACUUGGUGUAAACGCUGCAAAUAUAUUAAAUGUCAUAGUAGUCGCCUUCCUUGAACAAUUAACUCCAGACGUUAUGCAAAUAUUACAUCGCCAGUUGCGAGAUUGGGGGUCAUCUCCUGGUAACCAUCCACCAAGUUUGUUGUCAUCCAUUGUCGGCCUGGUGAUUUCUCUAAAACAUGGCUCGUUUAAGACUUUUCAGUUUUUCCUAGCUGUAUCAGCCCAUACUACAGAUUCGACCGAUGGUGUGGAAAUACAGAAUGACAUACGCUAUUAUAGUGCUUUAAUAUUGGAAAAAGUGUUUAUUAGCCUACAUCGUCUGGUAACGAAAAACCAUCGAGCAGAGUUUGCAUCUGCUGACGGAAAGGGGACUGGGUCUAGUGCAAAUAAGGAUUCAAGCAAUGAUAUUCCUUUUCUGAAUGAGUUAAAAGAAAAAUGGAGGGAACUUUGCGAUGAGAUGUUGAAAGCUGAUGGACAAAGGUCAUCUUGGUAUCUCAGGUUGUUAUCUCUUGUGGCAAUCUACUCAGGAACAUCUGCUUGCGUCGAGAUAUUUAACUAUAUUGUUACAUUCAAACCAACUGGUCAAAAUUUGUCAUUGUAUGUGGAACUACAGAAGGAAGUUCAAGCAUUCUAUCCAAGAGCUCCUGAUCUGGCUGUGUCAAAAUGCUUGAAGAGAAUCUCUAUCAAAUCCUCUCCUAAUAUUUUAACUGAGGUACAAACAAUCCUAGAAAAUUUUUAUCAACUCAUGAAAAUGGAAAAGAUCGUUGGACAGGAUUAUGCAGGGUUUUCUGUAGGUCGUUCUAUGAGGCAGCACACUCCGUUGCUUGUUUCAUUUCUUCCUUAUCCCAACAAAGUGAUAUCUUCAGUAACGCUCGACCUCCUUAUCGCUCUCGGGUUUCCUUUCAUUGCGUUCUCUGUUAGCGAAAAAAUUAGGAUUGUGAAGACAUGCGUGAAUUUCUUCUUUAAGUUGCUUCAUCAGUACAAUACUGCUUGUCAAGAAGGAAAUUACGAUGCGCGAUAUUAUUGUUUGAAUAUGCUAAAGAAAUACCAAGUGCUUCUGUCUAUUAUUUGCCGAGACGAACCGUGUCAAAUUUUGGCCAUUCGAUAUUUCAUGGAAGAUUCUUUUCAUCAGGAGAACAAGAUGUUGUUUUGCAAACAUAGUAGAAAACCCAGAGAAAAUGAAGAAAAGUCUGACACUUCAUUGUUUGAUAAAAAUAUCACACCUGGAAUUUCAUCUCGACUGCCUCUUAAUACAGCCUCAGUAUUUUAUCUCGGUGUUAUUGGCAAAGGAAAAAGAUCUGAUGAACAGGAAAUAUUACAGAUCUUUUCACAGAGUAACUCUCAAAUUUUCCUCCAAUGCAUACAUACAAUCUGUCAUAGUUCCAGGCCGCCGCCAAACCCUGGCCCGAUGGAACCACAUAAUGUGAAGAUUUUUGGAACUUUAGCAUUUUCACUCCGAGACCUUAUGGUGUUAGAUGGGUCUUUUGACUGCAAUACGUGGCCCGAUGAAGACACUAUCAAAUACUCCAUUGAAAGAGAUGUUAAACUACGUAAAUUGUUUGACGAGAGUGAAAUAUUUUGGCAUUUGUUGUUCUUACUUGCAGAAGUUCCCCAUGUUCUUCUCAACUGUCUGCCAAUCAUCCAUGGCUUAUUUUCAUCGAUUCUCAAAUUCUGGGAACAAAGCAGAGAGCCAACAGUUGACUGUCCCAGUCAACUCUACGCUUCAGUUCAAAUGAUGUCUAUAUUUAGGAAGGCGAUGUGGUUACCUCGACCGUUAUGUUUUGUCGGAGAUAUUUUUCACAUUAUAUCACCCAAGGAAAUUCACAAACUUCUUGGGACAAUAUGGGAAUUUUUUAAGGAAAACCCACCAACGGUCAACACGAGAAUUAUAACAGAGAUUCAAAACGGUCGCCAUAAGAAUGUCGUGAAGUCUAUUUUUCUCGGGAACAUUGCCCAGUUGGGUCAUCUUUAUGCGAGAUUUUUCCCAGUGCAUGAUAGAACGUAGUUUGAUAAAGGAAUUUCAUAAUAAGAACUCCACCUGUAAAUAAACCACAGUGCAAUAUAUUUUUACUUCA